CAUGCUGGAGUAUCUGCAAACAUGAUGAAGAAGAGGACAUCUCACAAAAAACAUCGAAGCAGUGUGGGGCCCAACAAACCUGUUUCCCAGCCCCGGCGGAACAUCGUAGGCUGCAGGAUUCAGCAUGGGUGGAAAGAGGGGAAUGGCCCUGUUACCCAGUGGAAAGGAACCGUUCUGGACCAGGUGCCUGUAAAUCCUUCUUUGUAUCUUAUAAAAUACGACGGAUUUGACUGUGUUUAUGGACUAGAACUUAACAAAGAUGAAAGAGUUUCUGCACUUGAAGUCCUCCCUGAUAGAGUUG